AGGACCGAAGACAGGAAGGAGUUGUAGCCAAGAUGCCGGUGACUUCAAAUUGCCUUCUCGCAACAGCCGCGCUCGCUGUGUUGCUCGUGUGUGUGUUGUCCUUCAACGUGGACCAGAAGAAUAGCCUGUCUUUCGACGGCCCGCUGGAGGACAUGUUUGGUUACACAGUCCAGCAGUUUUCAAACAGCGAGGGCAAAUGGGUUCUGAUCGGAUCGCCACUGUCGGGGCAGCCGACAAAACGUACGGGCGACGUCUACAAGUGUCCUGUGAGGACGGGCAACAGCACAUGUGUUAAACUGCAGCUUCCAGAAAACACCAGCGUUCCCAAUUUACACGAAGUCAAGGAGAACAUGACCAUGGGAACCACGCUCGUGACCAAUCCCAGCGGGGGUUUCUUGGCGUGUGGUCCGCAAUACGGUUACAUGUGCGGUCAGCAGCAGUACAUCUCUGGGGUUUGCGCCAACGUCAGUUCGUCCUUCGAAGUUCUCAGCUCGGUGGCACCGGGCGUUCAAGAAUGCGCCAAGGAGAUGGACAUCGUGAUUGUCCUGGACGGCUCCAACAGCAUCUACCCGUGGAGCAGCAUUAUCGACUUCCUGGUCCGCUUCAUCGAGAACAUUCAAAUCGGACCCAAACUCUCACAAGUGGGUAUUGUGUCCUACGGCGAGACGGUGACCCACCGUGUUAACCUGAGCCAGUUCGACAAUACUGCCGCGCUGCUGGAUUUCGUACACGAGCUCCCGCAGCAGACCGGCUUCAGAACAAUGACUUUCCUGGGCAUUGACACUGCCAGGAGGGAGGCGUUCAUGCCGGAGCGAGGCGCGAGGCCCGGCGUGAAGAAAGUGAUGGUGAUCGUGACCGAUGGAGAAUCGCAUGAUUUCCACAACCUCAAAACGGUCAUCGGCGACUGCGAGGAGGAUGGCAUCGAGAGGUUUGGCAUCGCUGUUCUGGGAGACUACAACCGACAGAACAAGACCGCUGAGGAAGUGCAGAAAUUUAUCAAUGAGAUUGCGUCCAUCUCCAGUCAGCCACUGCGUGAUCACUUCUUUAACGUGUCAGAUGAGGUGGCGCUGUUGACCAUCGUGGACGCGCUAGGCAGCAAGAUCUUUGCCCUCGAAGCAACGACCGGGAAUUUCACCUCGUCAUUCGACAUGGAAAUGUCGCAAGCUGGGUUUAGUGCUCACGCUUACAAAGACGGCUUGCUACUGGGAGCAGUGGGAGCGUACGACUGGAACGGCACUGUGAUCAUCAACGACGACGAGGGAUCCAUUUAUCCGGACAAAAACCACUUCUUCGACCCUGAAAGCGAAGCCGGGUAUGAAAGACUGGCCGGCUAUCUCGGUUACGACGUCCAGUCGGCGUCCACCCCCGAUGGCAUCCUGUACAUCACGGGGGCGCCGCGGUACAACCACACGGGCCGUGUCGUCGUCUACCGGCUGAAGGACAGGGACGUUGUCGUCUCGCAGACGCUCAGAGGGGAACAGAUCGGUUCGUAUUUCGGCAGCGUGCUGCAGACUCUGGACGUGGACGGGGACUCAUACACGGACCUCCUGUUGGUGGGGGCGCCCAUGUUCAUGGGGUCCGACAGAGACGAACAGGGCCAAGUGUACGUCUACAAGCUCAAGCAGGACGGCCACUUUGCCCACCAAUUCACACUGAAGCCGGUCAACCAGUCAUGCUGCAGCGUCAGCUCGUCCGGCUGCACGCACAAAAACGAGCCGUGCGGCGCCCGUUUCGGCACGGCCAUCGCCGCCGUGUCCGACCUCAACCUGGACGGCUUCAACGACGUGGCCAUUGGGGCGCCCUUCGAGAACGACCACCGAGGGGGCGUGUACAUCUACCACGGGGACAGCAAGCGAUCGCUGAAAGAGAAGUUUGUGCAGCACAUCCCGGCGGGUGGAAAUGAUGACAAGAUGAAGUUCUUUGGUCAGUCCAUACAUGGAGUCAUGGAUCUCAAUGGAGACGGGAUCACCGAUGUGACUAUCGGGGGACUCGGAGGGGCCUCGUUGUUCUGGUCCAGAGACGUGGCGGAGCUCCGCGCCAACAUGACUUUCGACCCGGCCAAGAUCAACGUGCAGCAGGCCCAGUACCAGUGCGAACACCUGGGACGCAAAUCCGUGUGCGUUACCACGAACGUGUGUUUCGUCUACACCGUCAAAUCCAACAAGCAGGAUCUGAAGACCAAAGCGGUGAUUCGUUACGACCUGACUCUGGAUGCUCUCCGGGCGAAAGCCAGGGCUUCUUUUCUCAACUCGGACGACAAGAGCGACCGGCGGAUUUCCAGAACGGUUGCUGUGGAGGACCGACUGAGGACUUGCGCAACGGAGGUGUUCAUGAUGUCGGCUCGACUGGACUUCCGUGACCCUCUCAUGGUGUCGCUGGACUUUGGACUGGUCAACAAAGACCAAGGCCCGGCACUGGAUGAAAGCCUGCCCACGUCCAUUAACAAAACGAUUCCCUUGGUAGACUGCGGCAACGACCAGCGGUGCAUCGCUGACCUCUCCCUGCAAGCCGAGACCAGCGUGACAGGCUUGGUGAUCCGAGCCAAGAAGGACAAACUGGACGUGAACAUCCGGGUGAGAAACAGCAAAGACAACGCCUACAACACCAAAGUGGUCGUCAGCUUCACGCCAAACAUCAACUACGUCAAAGUGGAGCCGGACAAGGACUGCACUCUGAAUCACACCAAAGUGGAAUGUGCGGUGGGGUACCCCUUCCUGGGGACCAACAUUGAGGAAGCUUUCAAGGUAAAGUUCGAGGUGAACCCCAAUCACAUCCAUCACAACAUCCAGAUCAACGUGACAGCCACAAGCGAUAGCGAAGAGCUUGCCUCCACCCUGGGCGACAACACGGUGCACAUCUCCAUCCCCGUCAAGUACGAGGCCGGCAUCGUGUUCACUGUGCGUCCAGUGGACGAGCAUGUGGUGGUGAAAGAGGGCGAGCAGUACUUGAGUGUGUUCAACGACACCCGCAUGAUCGGCGAGGAGCUCAACAUAAGCUAUACGGUGGAGAAAGCAGGUGACACGGUGACUCCUCCCCUUGAUCUGAAGGUGACCUAUCCCGGGCUGUCACCUCGUAACAAUUACCUGCUGUACCUGACUCACGUCAUCACCAGCCCGCAGAUGCAAUGUGACGCGGACGCUUUGAUCAACCCUCUUAAUCUCAACCCGAACAUCGUAAAACCCAAUCCAAACAGGGAAACGCUCAGCGUCUUUCUUCUGAGCUGCGACAACCUUCCGUGCGCCUCGUUCAAAUGCUUCAUCCCGGAGGCCAAAAUCAGUCAGGUCAAUGUCACCUUCAGAGUAUGGAAGCCCACAUUCAUCAAGGCAGACUUUUCCAGUCUGCACAUGCUUGUGAACGCCACCCUGGAGAGCAGAAACACGGGUCUGUUUGUGCUGAGCACCGGUGACAGCACCAGAACUGUUAAGAUCCAAGUCUCCAAGGAGAGCUCAGGGGGGAUCCCAAUAUGGAUCAUCAUCAUCAGCAUCCUUAUAGGUCUUCUCAUUUUAGCACUAGUCAUCUUCGCUCUGUGGAAGAUGGGCUUCUUCAAGCGAAAAUCCCCAGAGUUGUCCAAGGAGGAAAUGAUGGAUUGAGGGCUUACACGCACACAGGAAGUGAGCACCGCUUAUGGAGUCACUUAAAAAAAAAAAAAAAAAAGAAAAGAAAACUGAGCGUGUGACGACACACGAAGACUACCUUGGAGUACAAAAAGCCAUUUCACGGAGCGGGGCGAAGUCCAUGUUUGCGUCGGAACUGUUAUGCACUUCAAUUGAAAAAAAAAAAAAAAAAAGCACUUUUUUAUGCUACGACCAUCCAAAGUUGCCUCAUCACCGCGCCAGGCGGGCUGUACGGACGGACUCUCUUUGGCAGGGAUGGGGCGCCUUUUUCUUAUUUCAGUUUCCGUAAAGCGUCGAAUGAUUUAUCGGGCUCUUGGAAUGGACCUUUCCGACGUGUCAAUCACUCGUACAAUAACAGCCAGUCAGAUAGCCGCAUUGUUUUAACCCCUGGCUUGCCACGCCCUUCUUGCCAUAAUGUCCCACAGGCAAUGCUGGUUGCCAGUAGCGUGCGCUUGGAAAAGUUAAUGUUAACAUUUCGCUGUAACUCUGGCAUAUCCUUGCGUGAAAUAGUUGAGACCUCUCCGUAGAACUCUCUUGGACAAGUGUGAUGCAUUUGGCAAAAAAAAUAUAUAUACUGUACCCCAAUAUUAUCUGGAAUAUGCGAUAGAGAAUCGAAUUCAAACAUGUUCUGUUCAAUCGCCAUUUUGGAAGCUUGUGGGACGUGGCUAAGGGGGCGGAGCUUAAGGUUGCCAUCGGAAAGGUCCAUCGCUGUUUAGUGUCUUUCACCUGAUAAAAUUGAUCGUCUCUUGGGGGUGUCAAUUUUGGGACGCGUGUGUAUCCUCUUGAUAAUUGACAUAUUUUAGGGGUCCCAGGCAUUGCCUCUAAAACCUCACUCAUCGGUGUGUCCCCCAAAAUUUGAAAACAAAAUAGUCCACGUUCCCAGUCUCACAGAUACAUAUGAAAUAUGGUGAAUAUGUCUCCCGUGAGGCGGCACGGUGGAUCAUCUGGAAAGCAUUGGCCUCACAGUUCUGAGGUCCCGGGUUCAAUCCCAGACACGCCUGUGUGGAGUUUGCAUGUUCUCCUCGCGCCUGUGUGGGUUUUCCCGGGACACUCCGAUUUCCUGCCACAUCCCAAAAACAUGCAACAUUAAUUGGACACUCUAAAUUGUCCCUAGGUGUGAUUGCGAGUGCGGCUGUUUGUUUCGAUGUGCCCUGCGAUUGGCUGGCAACCAGUUCAGGGUGUACCCCACGUCCUGCCCGUUGACAGCUGGGAUAGGCUCCAGCAUUCCCUGCGACCCUCGUGAGGAUAAGCGGCUAAGAAAAUGGAUGUAUGAUUGGAUGGAUGGAUGUCUCCCGUGAUAGGAUCCAUAAAAAGGUCUCAAGGACCCAUGCGUGGAAUAGAACCGGAUGUAACCCACAUUCGGUGAAUUCCAUUAAAAGGGUCGUAAUUUCACCCAUUAAUAUGAAAUUAGGGGAACGACUUAAUAAUCAUAACAGGAAUGCCAAAAAAGAAAAAAAACUCACAGAUACAUGACGAAAUUGAACAUUUUUUUAAAGGUGAAAGAUGGAAAAUUAUCGCACAUAACAGGAAAUUGGCAGGACAAGGACCCAUGCCUCGAAUCGAACAGCAAAUUGGCCAUUUUGGGGGAAUUCUAUGAAAAAAAUUCAAAGAAAUUGAGAGAGGAAAAAAAAAAUAGCCCCUCACAUUAGUUUGACCGGGGAACAUGAAAUUUGAUUGACGGGUCUGUUUUCACAUGAAGCACGAAAAGGUGUCAAGGGACCGCGCGUGAAAUGGAACAGGAAGUCCGCCUUUCUGGGCGAAUGUUUUGAAAAAGGCGCCCCAGAGAGUUCCGAAAAACUAGACCCUGACGGCAGUUUUAGCAGUCAAGAUGAAAAUAAGUGGAUAUGUCGAUAGCGGGAGACAUAAAGAAGGUCUCAAGGACCCGUACCCAAAAGUGAACAGGAAGUCAGCCGUUUUGGUUUAAAAUCAGCGACUCUGGACCGGGAUUCUCAUCGCACCUAUGAGAGAAUUGGCCCCGAAAGGCUGCUUCAAGCCCGAACUUUUAUUUCCAGCGUGGGACCUCGCGGCUUUUUUUAAAAAGAGGACACGAGGACCCGUCCGUGGCUGUCCACAACUUUAAUGAAAUAUUCUCCUCAAUGGUGCGUUAAAUGUCUUCUUCUGCGUUGGCCGCAGAGACACUGUAUGUAUAUUUGAACAUUUUCCACCAUGCUACUAGCGUCACGGCACAUUUCAUCACAUUUUUAAACACCCCACCAACCCGCUAAAUUUGUGUCCAUUUUACGUGUUGUUUUUGUUUAAUCGCAUAACUGUACUGUAAAUAUCACAAACUUUAAGAUUCAAAAUGUACAUAAAUGUAUCUUUUUUUUGGGCUGUUGUUGCUGCAAUAAUACAUGUAUAUUUAAGAGAUGUCCCCCACAAGCCUUAUGUUUUUAUACUCAGGUUUUACGACGUAUAUAAUAACGUAGAUACUAAUUAGAAGUAGAUGACGGCUUUAUGUAUGUAUGAAAUGUGGAUUUCUGUUGAUGGGGAAGUAAAAACAGCGGAACCUCUGAAAUGUAUUUGCAAUUUGGCGCUAAUCGUUAAACGUGCAGGGGAAAAAAAAGAUUUUUAUUCAUGGAGGCAACGCUUCAUACAGGGCUACACUGUGUGUAUGUGGCGUAUUGAAUCUGCAUGCAAGAAAUCUUAAUGCAGCUCUGCUUACCAUUUGGCUUGGACAUAAAGCUUCUGAGGGAACGGUGGAUCAGAUGGUUGGCCUCACAGUUCUGAGGACCCGGGUUCGAUCACAGCCUCACCAGUGUGGAGUUUUCAUGUUCUCGUGGAUUUUCUCCGGGCUCUCCGGUUUCCUCCCACAUCCCAAAAACGUGCAACAUUAAUUGGACACUCUAAAUUGCCCAUAGGUGUGAUUGUGAGUGCUGCUCUUUGUCUCUAUGUGCCCUGCGAUUGGCUGGCAAGCAGUUCAGGGCGUACCCCGCCUCCUGCCUGUUAACAGCUGGGAUAGGCUCCAGCACUCCCCGCGACCCUCGUGAGGAUAAGUGGCAAAGAAAAUGGAUGGAUGGAUAAACCUUGUGAGAAUAAGCGGUACGCAAAAUGAAUAGAUAAGAGCAAGGGAGCAUAUGAGUAUUUUAGUUUGGUCAAUUUUAACCGUUAGGUGUCACUGAUAGUGUAGUGGUACACACGCCUGCUUUUGGUACGGGCAGCGUGGGAUCGAUUCCCGCUCAUCUGCCCUGCGACUGACUGGCGACCAGUUCAGGGUGUAGUCCGCCUUUCGCUAGAAGCUAGCUAGGAUAGGCUCCAGCUUUCCUGCAACUGUUGUGAGGAUAAGCAGCUCGGAUGAUGACACAUGACAACUUUAACCAUUAACUGUAAAGAAUGUCUAUUUCACACCCCCCCCCAAAAAAAAAAAAAAAAAAAAAAAACAAAGUAGAACGACUUGUGCUGUGAAUAAACAAAAUAAUAAAUAAAAUACACACCUAUUUUUCAUUAGCUGGUCUACAUAACUGUUUUGUUUUUAUUAACUAACAUUUUCUUUUCUAUGGUUAUCAUCAUACUUGUUCUUUUUUUUUCAAUCCAUUGUGCACCUCUGUUGCCCCAAGAAAAAAAAACAUAAAAAGCCCAAGAAAAAAGUAUUAAAUAUUUGUGAGAGUUGUUGAUAUGAUACUUAAUGAUAAUUUUAAACUUUUGACGCAUGUUUCUCCAGAAAAUAUCAAUUUAACUAUAAAUUUGACCUCUUUGGAGGUUCCGCUGUUAUCAUUUGUUUGUAUGGUUUUUGGGGUGUUUGUUUCCACUCUUUUCACCGCUUUAAUAUUUUUUUUUUUAAAUUCUAAAACUGUUCCAAGCAUGAUCAGCCAGUGUGACAACACCCUCCGCAUUUACUUGCUUCUUUUAAGCACAACUUGUUUGUACAAAAGAUCUUUUUUUUGGGGGGGGGGGGAGUUUUAUGUCCGUUUUCACCAUAGUAGAUAGACUAAAUGUGGUCUGGAAUCACUUUUUUUUCAUUUUUAUUUUAGAAGAGCUGAAAGCAAAACGACCGACACUGCUGUGAAGUCUUCAAUGAGAUGAUGCACUGGUUUGUUUUGUCGAGCUGCGUCACUUCCUGGUCGGCGCAAACAAACAGAAUGAAUGCUCUGUAUAAAAUAAAAGCUUUUUUUUUUUCGUUUUGUUUUGUUUUGUUUUAACUCGAGUGUUAAUUGCAUAUUUUAACAGAUGUAGCACAUUAUAUAUUUGUAAAAGAAGAACGUUUGAUACAGCGCUUUUAUUAGAAAGUCUAAGUGUAUGCAGAUUUUGUAAAUUCACAACAUAUGUACGAUGUUCUUUGUCACAUAUUUUAAUUUUUUUGUUCAUUGUCUGUAUUACAUUACGCAUAUGCAUAUUUCCCCAAAAAUUUCCAUCUAUUUUCAAAUUUAACAUUUUAAAGCUUUUUUUCCCAUUUUGUUUACAUUUUUUUUUCAAAUAAAUUAAAGUAUUUGCCUUCACAACUUUUAAACUGCU